UUUGACGCGAAUAAUAUGGACUAUAUAAAUGUUCUAUGUUUUACUCUAAACUCGCUAAAUCAAACAUAACAUUUACAAAGAUAUAAUUUCACACAGUUAAAGCUAAAUUUGAGAAUUGAUUGUAUCUACUACUUGGAUAUUUUUGGUUUUUUAAUAGGCUAAAUGAAACCAACCUGCAUUUAGUCAUGAAACACCAAAAAAUGAUUUUCGAAUUUAUUUAGAAUCUAGUGUCAUAUUUUGAGAAUUACAGCUAUAUCUGAGUGAUAUGAGUAAAAUCUACGAGGCUUAUUAAGUGAACUAUAACUUACAACAGUUAACCAUGGCAACUGGAGGAGAUGGUGGUGCAGAAGACCAUCCUUUAGCAGGAAGAGGAAAUAGAAGACAACCCCUACAUCGACAUUUGAGCAGGGAUGACAUUGGCAAUCAAGCGCGAUAUUUACUAAAUGACUUUAUCCAUCAUCGCAUGCAGAGAGAUGGUAUAGAAGAUAUACCUGAUGAUCUCAUAGCACCUGGGACGCCUAGGGGUCCCCAUAUAGAUCGGAUGAAAGAGGUGGCUGACACACUCAGGGAGAUUGGAGAUCAACUUGAUGGAGAUGAACGUCUUCAACAACUGAUAGCUGCUGUGCCUCCGGAGUGCCCAGAAGAAACAUUUAUGAAAGUUGCUAAGGAGAUCUUCAAAGAUGGUGUGUUUAACUGGGGUCGUGUUGUUGCACUCUUCUACUUCACUUUCAAAAUGGCUGUCAAGGCUGUAAGAAAUUCCCUUAACAGGAUUCCACUUAUUCGCACCAUCAUGGAGUGGGUCGUACAUUUUAUACGUGACCAUGUUGCAGCUUGGAUAAUAGAACGAGGAGGCUGGGAAGCAAUCAGUGAAUAUUUUGGAACUCCAAUGGGACAGUUCUUAGGAAUAUUUGCCAGCGCAGCUCUAGUCACAGCUUACAUUCUCUAUAAACACUCACGGUGAUUGUAGGACAUUCUCUAUAAACACAAUCAUUGUGGUCAUUCUACCAUGGACAUUCUCUAUAAACACAAUCAUUGUGGUCAUUCUACCAUGUACGUUCUCUAUAAACACAAUCAUUGUAGUCAUUCUACCAUGGACAUUCUCUAUAAACACAAUCAUUGUGGUCAUUCUACCAUGGGCAUUCUCUAUAAACACAAUCA